AGAGAAGAGAUUGUUAUCAAGUGCGCAUUUGACAUUUUCUGAAAAUGGAGAAUGUAUUCUGUCUUAUUAUAUGUCUGUUUCUCAGUGCAACUGGGAAACACAUAAAUAACAAGCUUCCAUAUGAACACAGAAGUGGCGUGGAUUCAAGUUGUACCUUAACUAAGGAAACAGUAAUCAGACAACCUGGAUGGGAUCUGGAACACAACAAAAUAAUAUAUGUCCUUGUUGUAAUCUCAAAGAACAGCUCUGUAGAAAAUGCCACCUAUUUGAAACUCAACAAAGUCUUAUUAACCAACAGGACUAGUAGGAUCCAACAUAUGGCUAAAAUGCCAUAUACAUGUGUAUUCACAAAUUCCUGUGCAGCGAUAGAAAAUCAAGUAAAGUUGACAGUUAUAUUUCCUUCCGAUCUUAUAAAAAAGCACCGAAGUGAUUUUAAAGGUUCACUUGCAAGGGCUUGCAAAGUUGCUAAUGGUAGCCUAGCACCCAGUAUUGUAUUAGUGACAUCAAAGGUUUCAACGAGAGGAAGAAAUAGGACCAAACAGCAAAAUCAAACCAGAACAGUUACCAGCAUUUACAAACCAGUACAGCAUACGAAGAGCUUGAAGAAAGUAACCUGUCUGAUAAAUCAUCCAACACUUCUUGCAUCUGCAGAACUGAUCUUGGGAUGUCCUUUUGCCAUUGCAAUUAAAGAAAACAGAAGUAGUGUUCAAGGGAAGAAAAGGAAAUUUCACUUCAACACUAUUGACAGUGAGCAAAUCAUUGAGUUUAAGAUAACUGGUUUUGUGGACCAAGUUAACCUAAUCUGUUCAAAACAAAAUGAUUCACUACCAGAAGGUAUUGAACUGAUCGAAAAUCGCCUCAAAUUCAAAGCACCAAUGAGAGAAGAUUAUGCUGGCAUGUAUACGUGUGAAGCAUCCUAUCAACACUGGACAAAGAAAACACAUUGGGAAAUUGAGUUUACUUCAGUUGAAAACCAAUGGCUUCCUACAAGAGCUGUGCUAACAGCAAUAUGUAUUAUCCUCACAGCCAGUGUCACUUUCUGCUGUGUUUUGAGGUGGCAUAGAAGGAAGCAACUCGUUGUUAUUCCCCAGCAAUAUUCAAUUCAAAACAUUGGAUACCAGGCUACCAGAGAUUCCCAUCACUGCAUCAAAACACAACAGGAUGUUGAGGAUGGUGCCAGCAGGGUUAAUAUACCACAGGAUUCCCAAAAAGAUGCUGGCCCUACAAAUACAACCCACGGGACUAUGGGUCAUGUUGAUGGCACUGAUGUAUCCCAAGCUGCUAAGGAAGAUGGUGAUGCAUCUGAAGAUUCCAAACAGCAUGUUAAAAGUCCCAAGCACGAUGCAAAUGAUAAGGAGUCUCUCGUUUAAGCAGGCCCAGUAAUGGAGUUAGUUCUAUUCCUUUAGGCAUGAGAGGCCAACAUGCCAAUUUUAUACUUUAUUGGCCCCAAGUCUGUAUCGAAAAAGAAGUAAAUUUAUCACAGAUUUCAAUUUGAAUCACACUUGCUCACCUACGACCAAGUAGUUUCAUAUUGGGAGUCUCAUAAUGGAUAUUGGGAGAUCUGGAGGAACAUUUCUUAUGACUGUCAGUGUGGAGUGGCUUGCACCUUGGGAUACUGAAGGAACCAAGAGAAUAAUUUUUUGAUUGCUUACUUUGUUUAGUUCUUUUUCCUCCAUGAAGUCUCCAGGAGUCAGGCUGAUCUGUGAACUUCUCUAUCUCAUCAGUAAAUAUCAUUCUAUAAUUCACCCUUGGGGAGACUUCCCUCCAGCUUGGUCAAAUCUAUCACUUGGGUCUUCUUCAAAUAAAAAUUCAACACAUA